AAAGCGGGACCCACGUCCGACAACAUCAUAUGUAUUUAAAUAUCCACGUCGACAUCCUGGAAACUAAAUCACGUUUCCACACAUGUUACUGAAAUCACUCACUGCCUUACUUCACUAGCAGCGCCGCUUGUCUCUUCGGCUCUUCUGCGCAGGUACCCCUCCGAGGCGGGUCUGACAAAUCAGACACUGAAAAACUCCCUACUGCGCUUCGCCACCCUGUACUUCAUCUUUUCUAUCAGAGGCUUCUGGUUUUUAUUAAAUGCCUCGUGGAUAACAGGCAAAGGCUGCCUCUUCUUCUUCUUCUGGUCGUUUUUUCUGGUAAUGGCGGCUGCUUCUUAUUCAAACCCUAGAAGUAGCUCGCCCUUCAGAAUCAGGCAGCCUUCCCAAGAGAAAAUUCCAGGCUUUUCUCCCUGUCCAUCUCCAACUCCCAGAUCUUCAACUCCCCGAAGCAAUUCUCCGCGUUUGAGAUUCAAUUCAGCUUCCUCAGUAGAUUUCUGCAGCCCUGCCAACGACGCCAUGGAUUUUCCCGCCGCCAGAGAAAGCAUCUCCGUCACGGUUCGAAUCCGUCCACUCAGUUGGAGGGAAAUUCAGAGAGGAGAUCAGAGUGCAUGGUAUCCAGAUGGAGAUACGUUGGUGAGAAGCGAGUAUAAUCCCUCUACAGCCUUUGCAUACGAUAAAGUUUUUGGUCCUGAAACACCAACUGGAAGUGUUUACGAUGUAGCUGCUUCCCAUGUUGUUAGGGGCGCCAUGGAAGGAAUUGAUGGUACUGUCUUCACAUAUGGUGUUACUAGUAGUGGCAAGACGCAUACCAUGCAUGGUGACCAAAAAUCUCCUGGCAUUAUACCCUUGGCAAUUAAGCACGUCUUCAACAUAAUUCAAGAGGCGGCUGGUCGAAAGUUUCUGCUACGUGUUUCCUAUCUUGAAAUUUAUAAUGAGGUCAUAAACGAUUUGUUGGAUCCGACACGACAAAACUUGAGAGUAAGAGAAGAUGCUCAGGGUACGUAUGUUGAAGACAUUACAACAGAAUUUGUUACAUGCCCUGCGGACGUACUUUCUUUGAUUGCAAUAGGAGAAGAGCAUCGUCAUGUGGGAUCAAAUAAUGUCAAUUUGCUAAGUAGUCGGAGCCACACAAUCUUUACUUUGACAGUUGAGUGUGGGGACAGCCAUGGUGUAGUUACUUCAGCUCAACUCAGCCUUAUAGAUCUCGCAGGAUCAGAGAGCUCAAAGACUGAUACAACUGGCAUAAGGAGGAAGGAAGGUUCCUAUAUCAAUAAGAGCCUAUUAACACUUGGAACUGUGAUAUCAAAAUUGAGUGAUCGUAAGCCUUCACAUAUACCUUACCGCGAUUCCAAACUCACACGUCUGUUGCAGUCUUCUUUGAGUGGGCAUGGCCGUGUAUCGGUUAUCUGCACUAUUACACCAGCUUCAAGUAAUAUGGAGGAAACGCAUAACACCUUAAAAUUUGCCCAAAGAGCCAAACGAGUUGAGCUUCAUGCAGCUCCAAACAGGAUCAUUGAUGAGAAGUCGCUGAUCAAGAAGUACCAAAAGCAGAUUACUAGUUUGAAGCAGGAGCUUGAACAAUUCAAGAGGGGUAAUCUUGUACCUACCCCUCAAGAGGAUCUCCUUACAUUAAGACAGAAGGAAGUGAAAAUGCAGUCAAGGUUAGAAGAACAAGAACAGGCAACAGCAGCGUUAAUGGGAAGGAUCCAGAGGCUUACGAAGCUUAUAUUAGUUUCUUCAAAGAAUUCAAUUUCAGCAAAUCUUCCUGAAAGACCUCUUCAUCGUCGAAGACAUUCUUUUGGAGAAGAUGAGCUUUUGUACCUUCCAGGAAAAUGGCGCAAUUCUAUAUCUGAUAAUGGUGAUGAUUUGGGAUUAACAAGGCAAGACACUGAUUUUCUUAUCAAUGGGAAGGAUGUAAGGAAUAGUGGAGACGAAAUUCUAAAGAAUGAAAGGAAGAACAGAAAUCGUGGCAUGUUUUCUUGGUUCAAGAUUAGGAAACUGGAGAAUGAGAGUCCACAUGCAUUCCCAGUGGAUGAUUAUUUUCCAAGUGGACCUCCUGCUUCAGCUCCUUUCUCAAUGCAUUUGGACUUGGCAUGUGAGUUGAAGAACACUCAUCAGAAUUCUUACAAUAAAAGAAUUGAUGAAUUUUCACCUGUUUUUGAUUCAUAUCUGGGAUCUACACAAGCUGGUGAACUGUUCUGUCUGACUGCAUGCGGGCAUAAACUACAACCUACUGGCACAAAUAUGGCAGAACAGAUGGACCUAUUAAGAGAACUACUGAAAAUGCUUGCUGGUGACAUUGCAUUAUCUACCAGUUCAGUAAAACGUAUGUCUGAACAAGCUGCAAAUAAUCCAGAUGACAUUCAAUUACAAGCUCAAAUUCUGCAAAAGGAGGAUGAAAUUGAAGAGAAGAAACAACAUAUGCGAACUUUGGAGCAAAGAAUGAUUGUAUUUGGAGAAACUUUUGCAAAUGAUACAUCACUAUCAGAUUUGCAAGAGGUGAAUACGAAGUUAAUGAGCCAACUGAAUGAGAGAACAUUUGAGUUAGAGAUUAAGUCUGCUGACAAUCGUAUUCUACAAGAACAGUUACAAACUAAGUCAGAUGAAAAUGAUGAAGCACAAGAGAUGGUUCUUUUACUCAAUCAGCAACUUGCAUCUUUGGAAAAAAUAUUAUAUGAAGGUAAGGUUGACGAUGGAUAUAAGGAUGAGAGUAUUGGUGGAAAGAUGUGCAAAGAUGCAGAUAAAAGAACUGGGUUAAUAUCUAGGGAGUGUAGUGGAGGAUGUGCUGAAGAAUUUCAAGAGAAGAUGUUACUGCUGGCAGUUGAAAUUGAGAAAUUGAAACAAGAGAAGGUUCAACUUAUUGAAGAAAAGGGUGGGCUAGAAAUACAAUGCCAAAAAUUGGCUGAAGAAGCAUCAUAUGCAAAGGAAUUGGCAUCGGCAGCUGCUGUGGAGCUUAAGAGCUUGGCAGAAGAUUUCACUCAACUUUCCUUCCAGAAUACAGAACUUACAAAAGAACUAGAAACAAGGCAAAGAAUGGAAUUUUAUAGAGGAUCAAGCAAGCCAGCUAUAGGUAAUGGGCAUUUUAAAUAUUAUGAAAAUAAGAUUGAGCAGGUGAAGCCCAUACAAAAGAAAAGAUCAAUUGGAGGAAAUGAAUUUCUAAAUGACAACAUCAAUGACAUAGAAUCAUGGAAUCUUGAUUCAGAAGACAUCAAGAUGGAAUUGUAUAUAAGGAAAGAGAGAGAAGCUGCUCUAGAAGCCAUUUUAGCAGAGAAAGGACAGGCAGAAGUAGAAAUGCAGAAAACAAUUGAUGACUUGAAAAAGAAGGAGGCAGAUCUGGAGAAUGAUUUGGCAGGGAUGUGGGUUCUUGUUGCCAACUUAAAGAUGGAAAAUGAGGCUCAUAAAAAUGUCAAACAUGGGACACAAAAUAUAAAUAAUGAUGAGAGUUUUGAAUCUGAAGGAGAUAAAAUGGAAAACAAAGAAAAUGAAAAGGACAAGGAAACUAUGAAAGAACUUGCUACUUGUCUUGAAAAUGAAAAGAGACAGGGCAGGUUGGAUAAGCAUAUAGCUACGUUGAAGAGUGAAGAUUUGGAAGGAUUAGAACUUUCAGCCAUCCAUGACCUCCAUGCUGAUACAUUGACCAAGCUAUGUGAGCCAAAGGAAUAUAUUGGAAAGGAAAAUGAACAUGAUUUGCAAGUUAUUGUCAACAAGGAGGAAACUAGCAGUCAUGUUUAAAAAGUCUCUCUCCAAUGACAAGAAGCUAUUGCUUUGUUUCCCUGCAGACAUAUACAAUGGGCGAUUUUGGAAUUAGGUUGAUUUGCCAACUUGGAGGCAUCAAAAUACUCAAUAUUGCUUUCUCUCUCACACAUCAACUUGGGCGAUUUAUUUCAGGUGGUUUUUAGUGUUGGAAUCUGUCAAGAGUCAAGAAGCAGCACUCUGUUAUCUACUUGCAAUUGGACUGUUUAAAUCCCUGUAAAUUACAGUUGAUCGGUUGCAUCUAGUUACAGGUUGUUCCAAAAUGAUUAAACAUGUCAAGAACGGAGAGGCGGCACUUUGUAUACCUUUUGUAUCUGGACUGUUUAUUUCACUGUAAAUGAUUGAUUUAAUUCCCUGUAAAUGAUAGUCAAUCAGUUGUAUCUAGUGGCAGUUUUGAAAAUAUGCCACACGGAGCAUUUGUAAGUGGAUCCAUAUGCCCACCCAAUUCACAAUGCCAUCUCGGCCUUUUCAUAAGGUCAAAGGUUUGCGUGAGCAAUUUCAUAUGAUAACAUAUUCAGCUACAUUGUUUCCUUUAAUUCAAUAUAAAUUUAAGCUAUUUUUCAAUGUA